AUGUCUCUGGCUAGCAAGCUAUCCAUCACUGACGUUGACGUCAAGGGCAAGAGGGUCCUCAUUCGGGUCGACUUCAACGUCCCUCUCGACGAGAACAAAAAGGUCACUAACAACCAGCGUAUCGUUGGUGCUAUCCCCACCAUCAAGCAUGCCAUCGACAAUGGCGCCAAGUCCGUCAUCUUGAUGUCCCACCUCGGUCGUCCUAACGGCUCUCCCAACGCGAAGUACUCUUUGCAGCCCGUCGUUCCCGAGCUCGAGAAGCUGCUUGGCAAGAGCGUCACAUUUGCCCCCGACUGCGUUGGCCCCGAGGUCGAGGCCAUCGUUAACAAGGCAGAUGGCGGAGCUGUUGUUCUCCUUGAGAACUUGCGAUUCCAUAUUGAAGAGGAGGGCAGCGCCAAGGAUAAGGAUGGCAACAAGACCAAGGCCGACAAGGCCAAGGUUGAAGAGUUCCGCAAGGGCCUGACUGCUCUUGGUGACAUUUACAUUAACGACGCCUUUGGCACUGCUCACCGUGCCCACUCGUCCAUGGUCGGCGUUGAGCUGCCCCAAAAGGCCGCCGGUUUCCUCAUGAAGAAGGAGCUCGAUUACUUUGCCAAGGCCCUCGAGUCUCCCCAGCGUCCCUUCUUGGCCAUCCUCGGUGGCGCCAAGAUCUCUGACAAGAUUCAGCUCAUUGACAACCUGCUGGACAAGGUCAACACACUGAUUAUCGGUGGCGGCAUGGCUUUUACCUUCAAGAAGGUGCUCGACAACAUGCCCAUUGGCUCUUCUCUAUUCGACGAGGCCGGUUCCAAGACUGUCACGCAGCUCAUGGAGAAGGCCAAGAAGAACAACGUCAAGGUCGUUCUUCCCGUCGACUUCAUCACUGCCGACAAGUUCGACAAGGAUGCCAACUCUGGCUAUGCCACCGAUGCUGACGGCAUCCCCGACGGCUGGAUGGGUCUCGAUUGCGGUAAGAAGUCGUCUGCCCUCUUCAAGGAGGCCGUCGACGAGGCCAAGACCAUCCUGUGGAACGGACCUGCUGGUGUCUUUGAGUUUGACAAGUUCGCCGAGGGCACCAAGUCUAUCCUCGACGCCGCCGUCAAGGGCUGUGAGAACGGCAAGAUUGUCAUCAUCGGAGGUGGUGAUACCGCCACCGUUGCUGCCAAGUACGGUGUUGAGGAUAAGCUCAGCCACGUGUCUACUGGCGGUGGUGCAAGCUUGGAGUUGCUGGAGGGCAAGGAUCUGCCUGGUGUUGUUGCUCUGUCGAGUAAGUAA